UCAGACUAAUAUUUCCAUCUGAGCCCAGGCCCACUUUUGCUCGAAGUGUAGAAAACCCUAAUUUUUUCUGCCCAAGUAUAUAAGCACCCGCAAGACGAACAAAACAGAGUGAGAACUGAGAAGAGUGGAUCUCGGGCACAAAGAUGGCGUCGAAGAGAGGUCGCGGAGGAAAUGCCGGCAACAAGUUCCGCAUGUCGCUGGGUCUUCCGGUGGCGGCGACGGUGAACUGCGCCGACAACACCGGCGCCAAGAACCUUUACAUAAUAUCAGUGAAAGGAAUCAAGGGAAGGCUGAACAGGUUGCCGUCGGCGUGCGUCGGUGACAUGGUUAUGGCGACUGUGAAGAAGGGAAAACCUGAUCUCAGGAAGAAGGUGUUGCCAGCUGUCAUUGUUCGCCAGCGUAAACCCUUUCGCAGAAAGGAUGGUGUCUACAUGUACUUCGAAGAUAAUGCUGGUGUCAUUGUGAAUCCUAAGGGUGAAAUGAAAGGUUCUGCUAUCACUGGUCCAAUUGGGAAGGAGUGUGCUGAUUUGUGGCCUAGGAUUGCAAGUGCAGCCAAUGCAAUUGUUUGAGUGGGAAUCCUCCUCGUGUCAUUUUGUUUUUUCUUAUUAGGAUUUUGUAUCAGAUUCUGUUUAUCCUUUGAGAUUGCACUGGAAAUCAGUUUUACUUUGCAUCAGUUCUGAGCAAGUGGCUUUGUUGAAGAGAUGAGAUUUUAUUGAUUUAAUUUAAAGUUUUGAUCUUUUUAUUAUAAAGCUUUAACUUUCUGUGCAUUGGGCUAUAUCAAUAUUCUGAAGGAUCCUGUCGAGGGAUUUAUCU